AUGGCGCUGCUCCUCCCGGUGCUGUUUGUGAAACGUGCAUCAGAAAACAAACUUGACAAAAGUAGAAAUAGUUCUGACAAUGUCAACGCAUCGUCAGAGAUAAACAACAAACCUCAUAACGCGGAUGAAUUGAAAUAUUCAUCAGAUAUUCUCCCGCCGCCACAAAAACGGCCAUCAGGAGACGUUGAACAGUGUAAAAUGGAGACGGUGGAAAUGGACAUGCGUUUCCGGCAGUACAUCGACACACAUAAUGGGCCCCUCUUGCUCACGUGCACAGGGCGUGUGACGAUUAACAAGUGCGAGGGACUGUGUAGAUCUCUCGUCAGACCGGAUGUAACCGCCUAUGACGGGUUCGAACGGUCGUGCAACUGCUGUAAGGACGUUAGCAGAAGAAGGACGCCUGUUACUUUCUCCAUAUGUGAUAUCAACUCGAACGAGGUGUUCGGAUAUGAUAUCACCCGCGACAUCACCGAACCUACCGAGUGCGCAUGCCUGGAAUGCAGUCGAUAUUGA